CAAAGAGGCAGCUCCGUCUAAUUACCUCAUUUCAGCUCCACUGCAGUGAGGAGAGAGGACCCGCUGCCUCCCGCUCGCGCAGUGUGUGUGUGCGUGCGCGCCUGUGCGCUUCCAGUUGCGCGCGCGCGCGUGUGUGUGUGAGCCAUCUGAUGCACGGGUCUGUGUGUCCCACACAUAGCUGUCUCUACCAUGUUGUGCACACAGUCCUAUAUCAGCUGCAGAGCUAGUCCAAAUUCGCGAGUCUGCUUGUCUCCUAACAGAUGGGUGAUAAAAGUGUACAACGAGGAUAACACGAAUCGGGCGAUAGAGGUCCCGUGUGACAUCACUGCGCGGGACAUUUGCCAGCUCUUCAUUUUAAAGAACCACUGCGUUGACGACCACAACUGGACUCUCUUUGAGCAGCUCUCGCAACUGGGCAUAGAGAGAACCAUAGAAGACCAUGAGUCAGUCAUGGAGGUGCAGGCAUCCUGGGAUGUUGAUGCUGACAACAGACUGUAUUUCAGAAAGAAUUAUGCCAAAUAUGAAUUCUUCAAGAAACCCCUGGACUUUUUCCCGGACCACAUGGUGUCUACAUCAAAUGAAACCAACGGGAUAAUGAACCACUCUCAGCUAAUACAGACGUUUCUAAGCUCAAGCACCUGCCCGGAAAUUCACGGGUACCUUCAUGCUAAGGAGUUCGGAAGAAAAUGCUGGAAGAAGUUCUACUUUGUUUUACGGAGGUCUGGACUCUACUACUCCAACAAGGGGAUGUCCAAGGAACCCAGGCAUCUCCAGUUCAUCGCCGAGUUCAGUGACAGCGAUGUGUACACUUUGCUGUCCGCUAGAAAGACGCAAGGUGCCCCAACCGACUAUGGGUUCUGCAUUAAGCCUAACAAAUCGAGUUCCCCGCGAGACCUGAAGCUGCUCUGCGCAGACGAGGAGCACAUCAGGACCUGCUGGGUGACCGCCAUUCGCCUUUUCAAGUAUGGAAUGCAGCUGUACCAAAACUUCAUCCAGCCACAUCAGAAGCAGAGAGCCUCACCUAUGAGAAGCAUAUCAGAGAACUCGCUGGUGGCCAUGGACUUCUCAGGACACAAGAGCCGGGUGAUUGAGAACCCCUCAGAAGCUCUGUCCGUGGCUGUGGAGGAGGGCCUCACCUGGAGGAGGAAGAGCUGCCAUCGACUGAGUUGUCACGGGAGCCCCUCCGCUUCGCAGAGCCCCCUGUCAAACUUAGCUAUCCACAGAGCACAGCCCUGGUUCCACAGCAAGCUCUCCAGAGAUGAGGCUCACCGUCUGAUUGCAGAGCAAGGUCUUAUUGAUGGGGUGUUUCUGUUGAGGGACAGUCAAAGCAACCCUAAGACGUUUGUCCUGUCACUCUGUCACGCACAGAGAAUCAAACAUUUUCAGAUCUUACCCGUGAAGGAUGAGGGUGAGCUGUUCUUCAGCCUGGACGACGGUCACACGCGGUUCAGCGAUCUGAUCCAGCUGGUAGAGUUCCACCAGCUGAACCGGGGAAUUCUGCCCUGCAGACUGAAGCACCCGUGCACCAGGAUCGCCCUGUGAGCCCGGCACUGACAGGAGCGCCCCAGUCACAGGAGCCCCGGGGAGAGUAACCAGCUUGUUCCGUGCCUUGGACAGGACGUGCACUUGAGCAAACCCAGCCCAAAUCGUCCGUGCAUCACCAGCUCCACCAACCUGUCUUUGAUUCCUGCCAACCCUCCUUUCAUUUUCUCGAAGAGGAGAGAAAACAUGAAAACAUGAGAAUGUUUGGGAAACACAGUAUAUUAAGUUGUGUGAUUGUGUGUGGUACAUGCACUGUAGGCUAACACACCCUAAGCUGUCCUAACACUUGAAUCCCUGACUGUUAAAAAAAAAAUGUGUGUAUAUAUAUAUAUAUAUAUAUAUAUAUAUAUAUAUAUAUAUAUAUAUAUAUAUAUCCUAUAACUUGGUGAGAGGCUAAGAAAAGGAAUAUGAUCAGAGCAGAUAUUUACUGUUUGUGUAUGGUGCCGUUCCUUUUAAACUCCCGUUGAUGUACUGUAUAUAUUGUAAAUCACAAUUUGUUUGCAUAAUAUAUGCGAACACAUGACCGUGUAUGGCCUGAAGGGAUAAAGACUCCAGGUAACAGAUACAGUGGUUCAGCUUAAAGCUACACGGCACUAUCGUGUAAUCAUCUGAAAUGAACUUAGGCGGGCCCCAAAAUCGACAGUUCAUCUGUAACUUUAGCCUACAGUUUAGCCUAAUGAUUGUGUUGUUCUUUUUUUCUGGAAGAGAUAUUGAAAGAUGUGAAGAAAGAGGACCCUGCAGGGAGCCGUAGUUCCCCGUCCCUUUUGCUUCGCUGAGCUUAUACGUUCGUCACUCAAAUCCAACAUCUGUCGGGUAAAAAAAAAAAGCUUUGCUCGUCGUUUUAUUCACAUCUCAAGGAGGUAUUCAGGUAUUUUUUAAGCGGCUGUUCUCUUUGAGAUCUCUGUAUGUACAUGACAACCAGAAGUUGAGUGCAAUUUUGCGGGCACGCGGCAACAACUGAAAUAGGCUACGCCUAUAAUAGCGGUGGCACACAUACGAUGCAGAUUUUAAACCAUGCACUCUUCACACUUGCCCUUACUGUAAUGAGUUUAUGUCGAAUGUAUUGAUAGAAACUGAAACGAUACUCACCCGACCAUCCCUUUGGUUGAAUCAGAGCGGGCCUUUUUUAAAAUGGUGAGACUCAGAACUGAAGGCGUGAGAUGCAAAAUAGGCAGUGAAUGUGAAAUGUUAUACGUUAAUGUACAUUACAUAUUAAAACGAUGCGUAGACUGUUCCCGAAUUGAAGAAAAUCAUGUGCAACGACAUAUUUGGUUAAAUAAUGAUCUUAAGAUACUAUACUAUUACUAUAACUAUUAGAAUGAAGCAAAUAAUGCUACUACUUCGGGUUGUAAAUAACUUUGGAUGACAAGAUGUCAGAAAAGUCCUCACUUUUGAUGUUAAGCCAAUUUAAAAAGACUGUUGCAUUUCAAAAUUACAGAAUGUAUCUUUCUGAUACGAUGCACUUUUUAUUAGAAUAGGCAGGGUGGUGACUUUUUCAUGAACUGAGAGCAGCGAGUUGAAAACAGUAAUGAAUGUUAUUGGACUGCAAUGUUUUGUAUUAAUCAAUGUGAAUUUGCACUGUAUGUGAUAUGUUUUUGUAAUUUUUAUGGAUUUGAAAUUGAGCUAUUAGGCUAACAUAGGUUUGUAAAAUGUUUUACAUCCAUGGACAAGGAUUGCUUUUAAAUGGUUUUUGGUUGACAAUUUUGAUUUCACUGUAGUUGGAACACUGGAAACCAUUAUUUCUGAUACUGAUGAUCAAUAUUAACUGUUAAGGACUGUUAAAACAUCUGGAGUAAAUGCUUGUGUUGUCUGUUCUCCUCUCUGUGGUCAUAAAUGCUUUGCUUACAUUUUGUAUGGGCCUAAAUCCAAAAAUGUAUGUAAUAUGACCAUUUACUGUAUAUAUAUAAUUUAAUGUCUUAUAUAAUGUUUUCUCUGACAUUCUCUUUAUUUUCUAUAUUUGCAUCCCUUGUUGUGUCCUAUUGUCUGCAUUGUCCAAAAAAGCCACUGUGUGCUUAUGUGACCUUUUAGGAGAUGCCAGUUCUGCUGUCCCAUAAUGAUGCUCCAACUUUGUAUCAAUGAUAUGCUGUAAUGUGUUUGCAGCAGUGUAUUUGCAAAAUUGAAAGAACGCCAUCAGUGACCCAGAAAAUAUUGUAUGAUGGUGUCUGCUAGAAGUGGCUGACAUUAUAAAUGGAGGAAAAUAAAUUGAACACUACCUUGUGCAAUGUUUACAGACUUCCCAGUUAGAAUUUGUUCCAAUUAAAUGUUCAUCUUCUGCCAAUACAA